CUCAUGGUGGGCCAUAACCUCACCUGGCAUUCUCCGUUGGCCCCCUGAACAACAGUCGCAGUGAUCGACACAGAACAAGUCAUCGGGGUCCAUCCUCGAGGCGAUCUUUUUCCCUUUCUCCCAUUCUUCACCAUGUACGUCAGUAUAUGAAUUAAAUUGUCGACUGUGACGCUGGGUGUCCAGUUGAACUUUGCUAUUCUAUUCUCGAAGCCAACGGCGGUUGUACCAGCUUCUGCUCUCGGCCACACCCCCUCCGAGCUGCGAAUAGAAACUCGACGCAGUUCGCAUCGCAUACCGAUUUUCCGAUAUACCAACAGCGCCUCUUUUGUCAGCCUCGGUCUGAUUUGCGCACUCUCUUGAGAGGAAGACUCCAAAAGUGAGACUGAGACCCAGGUAAAGGUAGCACAACCUGGCCUGGUACCCCUCCAGUGCUCGUUGAACCGAACCCACACCCUCAUUUCGGAGAGGGAUAUUUGGCCAUUCUCAUUUUCUGUCGAACACCGUUUGUCAAUCCUCUAGAUGAUACUUCCAACACCUACCUAGUUCGUACUGGUGGCGAUCUUUCGGCAGGUGGUCACUUCGGCUGUUCAAGCGGCCCGUCCACUUCAAGCAAGACCUCUUCUCCUCCGCCCUACCUCGAGAAGGGGGGACACCGGCACUGCCGCUGAUCUUCUUUGCUGGACCUGAAAAUCCGGCUGGCCGCCCUCGCCAUUCUAUUCGAUCAACAUCUUGCAUCUUUCACUCUGUCCUGCCCCCAUAUCGGCCUCCAACGGCCCAUUCCGUCCACCACAUCGUCGUUGUCGCCUUGUAACAAGACCGCAAGCGCCUCGCUCCCUCUUGUACGACUGUGUUCUGAAGGGGUCCUGAUCCGUGCCCACGAAAGAUACGAUAUCCCGGUGGCAUAAACGUCACUUGUCCUUUCGGGAUCAGGGCUUGGGAGUUGAGUUCUCCCUGAUAAGACAAAGAUCCCGACAUCAAGAUCGCAACUCCCUUAUGACUUCGACGAAUCUCACCGGUCGGGUACCCCCACCAGAAAUCCUUCAACUCUCCUCUGCCGGACACGGAGAGCAGCACGCCGGUGUCGACAGAGACGAACAGAACGCCGCUCCAAACGCUGGGCUCCAGGGUGGCGGCUCAUUGUAUUCCAAACGUAGAACGGCGCAUGCCAAAGCCAUCUUGCCGCCCCGUAUCAACCUUCGACGAGCAGCCUCGUACAAUGUCGCCGAAAAGGGCCCUCUAUCAUCCACAUCCUCUCGCUUCAGCUUCAACCACUUGGUGUUCUCACCACCACCAUCUCCAGGCCUUCCGUCACUCUCCCCACCGAAAAAGCCCCCCCAGAGGAAAUUGAUCCUAGGCGUACGCCCAAUACGACUCAUACGAUAUACGAUCCGGAUUUUGAGCAUUCUUGCUGUCUUUUGGAUCUCGCUCGAGGUUCUUACCUACCUCUUUGGACCGGAAAUACCGAUACCGGCUGAUAACACACGACUGUCAGUCCCCGAGAAGCCGAUAGUAGCACCGCCAAAACGAAGCGAUGGAGUUGAGAUGGUAUCGCAGAAGGGGGCGCCAGAUUUCGCUACGCCUAUCGUCAUCACCGACCAUCGAGGUAAGGCGAAAUGGACAGUAUCGAUACCGCCAGGGACACCGUUUCCACUGUCCCAGAAGGGUUACGCAGACAUGUGUGGGAGGUGUGAGCAGGUAGCGGCCAGGGCGGUGGAAUUGCGAUCUCAGGGGUCCGGGUUGCCGCAGGUCUCACUCAGCUUCGGGGCGGAGGCACCUGAUCACGACUUCAUUGAUGUUCAAGAAGCUGAGAAAGCUGGUUAUUUGCCAAAGAGGGGAGCGGGAGGAACAAACACGGGGAAGCCUGUCUGCAAGAAGAGCCUCACUUUUGUUCUCGAGUCCAGCGAGGCUGGCUUGGGAAAAACGCUGAUGAUGCUCUGGAUCGCAUAUGGUCUCGCCGAAAAAGAAGGCCGUGGUUUCUUCAUCGACGACACGAGAUGGGCAUACGGAGAGUACUCCGACAUCUUUGAAGCGCCGCCCGCGCAAGACUGCUCCCCACCUCCUGACCAUGAACGACUCCCCUGCCCACCUCAGGCACGUCACCUGGUCGUCUCAGCUGCCAACGCCCACGAAGUCUUUGCCAACCUCCUCCCUCCUUCAGCAGAGGGAAUCUUCUCCAGCUCUUCCCCACCCCUCGAACCACUUGAUCCCUCCCUCCUCAAGAAGCAAUUCGCGCUCGCUCGCUCCGGGUUCAGAGCGCUCUUUCACCUCAACGCCGGAGACGCCCGCCACGUCGAUGCUCGCACCCGCAAGCUCCUCGCCAAGCGUCUUGUGCCCAAAACCAAGGGCACACAAUCUGGUCUUUCCAUCGGCCUUCACAUCCGCCGCGGCGACCGCCACCCGUUUGAACCCCAAUACAGGCGCUCGUACCUUCCUGUGAACGUCUACACCGACUUUGCGCAGGAGAUCAUCGCCUCCAAGUUCAACUCGUCCGGCAGCAUCUUCCACGACACGGCAGAAGAAAACCGGCUUGCGCGUGAACACUCGUUCAUGAUCCUCGCGUCUGACGACCCGCUUGUGUAUGACUCUGAGGAAGUGAAGGACAACCUCAACGGGAAGAGGGUGGUGAGAGCGCAGGAUAGGAUCAAGCUCGCUUCCAAGCAUGAGCUGCUCCCCAAGGGGGGGAAGGAAGAGGAGGUGGAUCGGAACGUGAUGCACAAGUUUGUGGAUGAGGCUUUUGGGUGGGAGGGUGGGUUUUAUGCCGGCAUGUUUUGGAAUUUGGGGGUGCCGACGGCGAAUAAUGACAAGAAGGAGGAAAAGGGGGUGGGGGCUGAGUCGCUCCGGCUUAGGAGCUUGGUUGGGAGGGCUUACAUGAUGGAUUUGGCGGUGCUGGCCGAGGCGAGCGAUGUGGUGGUUUGCACGGUUAGUAGUUUGGGGUGUAGGUUGUUGGGGGUGAUGAUGGGGGAGGGGAGUGUCAAGGGGGGGAGGUGGGUGAAUGUGGAUGGGGGCUUGGGUUGGUUGGGUCUUGAUUGAAGGUGUUUGUUGUUGUUGUUGUUGUCGGUUGCAGGAGUUUUCUUUUCUUGUUAUGACACUGUUUUCGCUUUUGGCGUUUAGGCUUGGGUAAAGGGGCAUAAGAGAAAAGAAAAGAGGACAUUCUUUUUUAUUGAAAAGGGGGGGGGGAGUGGAAGAGGAGAUGAUACCAUAUACCACACACACAUGGGAGCCAUUCGUUGCAUCUACCAUCGUCAUCAUCAUCAUCAUCAUUAGCAUGAUUUUCUUUUCUCUUUUUCAAGUUGUACAUACUUUCUCUUCAUUCGCUUUUUCGUUUACGUUUUGGGGGAUGUGCUCAGACUUUGCAUGGAGCGGGAAUAGUCAUUCGCUGGUUGUUUUACAGGGAGAAGACGAUAGAUAUGUCGUUGGUGUUGUUGUUGUUGCUGUUGUCAUUUUAGCCAAGGAUAGGAAAUCACAUGAAAUGAAUAAGCAGCAGUGUUAUUACUACGUAUCAUUAGGCACUAGGCUACUUUGGAAACUGU